CCACAUCCUCUUCUCGUCCUCAAGGAAUCCUCGAUGCACCAUUAGUAACGACUUGGCCUUCGACCCUAUUGAGGAGGCCAUAGAAGUUGUCGACCGCGGAGAAUUUUUCGUACACGACGAGGGGCGACCUCAUCAUCGCGGUGUGUGCUAUAUCUCGACUUCUGCGUGCCCCCAUCGCACCAGUACUCCCCUAUUUUUGCACACGAUCUUCCCCAUUAGCUCUUACAUCCACUAUCACUACCCCCGCUCGUUCUUGCGCCCGGGCGGGUCCUUGGCAAGGCCUCGCGAUGCGGGGGCACACGGAGUCCGUGCUGUAUUUGUGCGAGAUACCGGGGCUUCCGUGAGCGGGCGCGCUUCACGAUCGAUUCUUCUGCGCAGUAUGUAUGUGCACUCCUUCCAUCCAAGAAGCGUCAUGACGGCUCAUCUCUACACACAGGAUGACCGGGGACGGUCUCGUGGAGCGGGUCCAUAGCGAUGGGUCAGCAUGCCGUAUUCGUGGGUAUGAACUAUCGUUUGCAUGCCUUCGUUUUCCUUGCCGUGAUGGAAGUGAAGGAGGCUGGCGUUGGAAACCAACUAGGUCUGCAUGACGUACAGCGUGAGGCCCUGCGAUGGAUCAACAAGCACAUCGCUGUAUUUGGCGGAGACACAGACAAAGUCACUCUCUACGCAUCUCCUGGGGUCCGAGCUCAGGUGCGACCUCGACCAACUUGCAGAUGGUCACGAACGACGGGAACCCGGAAGGCCUCUUCCGCGGGGUGAUCAUGAGCUCCAGCUCGCCCGCUCCCACUAGAGACAUCACCAACCUGCAGCCGUACUCGAUUGUGGCG